GCUACAUACUCUUGUUACGAACGUCAAACGAGACUACACUGAAUUCAAUGUCCCAGAGGCAACUGGCUGUUACUAAAUUUUACAAUCAAGAUACUGUGCAGCGAAUAUCCUCUCCUCAGAAUCUCGGAGUUGUAUUAAGAUGCUGGCACGAUACGGAGGAUUUGCCUGUGCCCAGUCCCUUUAUAGAUCCUCUAAUGAGACAUUUGGAUCGUGGCCAAGUUGGCGUAUCAUUCCUUUCUGAAGGAGGUCGAAGGGAAGUUGUGAAAGAGUCUGAUCUCAAGCUCUUGGAUCGAACGUUACAGCCAGGAGAUUUUUGCAAGCGAAGCGUGGAGGAUGUUCGGUCAGGUGUGAUAAAGAGGGCUAGAGUCAGAGGACGUGUUGAACAUGUUAUCAGUGGCGAAGGUGUGGAGGGAUGGAAGACAGUCGAAGACAUCAAGUUUCGUCGGGACGCGGAAAUAGGUGAUUAUGUGGUGUAUGACGACUGGUUUGGACAGGUCAUUGAGCUUUAUGACGAAAGCAUCGUAGAGCUUCCUACUGGACAGCUCGUGCGACUUCCGGAAUUCAGUUCACGCCUAGUCGUCGGUGAAAAAGCUGAAAACAUCAUUCCUAGCGCUACAAAUGGGACGAACGGAGUUCAGAACCUCUUUGGCUUCCUUCUGGGAAACGGACGAACGGAAGGGCUCGAGACCGUGAUUGCUGUCAAGCAUACAGUUUAUGCAAUUGCAUGGCUGGCAUUGAAUCAAAGCCUACCCCGCGAACAAGUCCAGCAUCGUCAACGACCUCACCGAUUCUGGCACGGGAAGGAUAUCGCCAAGCUGACCUUGGUUCGCUGUCAUGCAGAUGCCCAAUUAAAAAUCAGCGAUAGGAUCAAGCUCAAAGAUACCACAGGACUUCCCUACACAAAACAUGGUCGUGAAGGUGAGGCUUGUGGGGUAAUCACUGUGCAUGGCUUCACGAUGGCCUUGACGGAGACCACUCUCGAUGUUUUGUGGCAGGACGGAGCUGAAGAAUCGGUCCUAGCUACCGACGUCGUACCUUAUUUGAAUCCAGAUGAAUAUGAUUGCUGGCCCGGUGAUCACGUCAUAUGGAAAAACGAAGGAGUCAGACGUUCAGCCGUUGUUCAGACGGUAGAUGCCGUUCAAAGGACAGCCUCCGUUCUCUUCAGUGACACCGAGAAAAUCGAAAUAGUAUCCCUGCUCGAACUCGAUCCCCAUGGCACCUCCGAUAUGGACCCUUAUGCCCAAUAUAGUUUAGACGGUCUUGGAGUUAGGCGUGGCGAUUUCGUGUUCAUACACCAGGCAGGCAUCACCAAUGGCUUCGAAAGUCCCAGAGUUCCAAAAAUCGGCGAACUUGAAACCUGGGUUCGUGAAAACCCUUUCGCAGAUGGUCAAUUAAUUGGUUGGCGGAAGGAGAUGUCGGAAUUGGGAGCUAGUAUUGCGGAUAGACGUGGUACAGAUGGUUCAGAGGAGGGGCAUAUGUUGCAACCUGAUGAAACACUUGAUUGGGUCGGUGAAGUCUUAGAUUUACUGCUCGACGGCACAGUUGGAGUGUUGCACCCAAACGGAUCUGUGAAGAAAUAUUGUCUUGAGCGUCUUACGAAGCUUUACGAUGGUAUAAACCAGUUGGAAGAUGAUCUAUACAAUGGUUCUGAUGAAGGAAGUCCUGGUUUUUAUGACGAAAAAGAUCAAGAAUGGUCUAUGAACGAUGAAGAUGGAUGGCAAUCCAGUUAUGAUGAAGACCAGGUGGAGUGGAAUGAGUAUAUUAAUGACGAAACUGGCGAGGAGGCUAUGCAAAUAGACAAGACAAACCCCACAGUGACAGGCUCAUCUUUAGUGCUGACUGAUGCAGGUUCGCCAAUGUCCCAUCAUCCUCAUCUCAUUGGUGUUGGGUCUGAUGUACCUGCCGACGCCCUGCAAGAGCAUUCAAAUACCAUGAUUACCAUAACAUCCUCCACAGAGCCGAAGCCCUCUUCACUGGUAGACUCGGAAACCACGAGUACCCAGGAUGAAGACCCGGCAUUCUGGAAACGCUUCGAUAUAAUGCCUUCUGCUCCUCCCGACCAUGCUUUUUACAACACUACACCAUCUUUACCCACGAAAACCUUUCAUGCUCGCUUAAAUCGUGAAUAUCACAUUCUCCAGAGUAGCCUACCAGACACUAUUCUCGUGCGGACAUAUGAAGACCGGGCGGACCUCUUACGAUGCCUCAUCAUUGGACCCCAGCACACACCUUACGAAGAUGCACCAUUUGUCAUCGACUGGAUGUUGGAUUCAAGUUUUCCCAAUUCCCCACCGUUGGCACACUUUUUGAGCUGGACAAAUGGGAAUGGAAGAGUGAACCCGUUCGUGGUAACCCAUCUAAAUUGAUAAUAAUCUUGGACUCAUUAUACCGGUAGCAACCUCUACGAAGAAGGCAAGGUCUGUCUCUCAAUACUGGGGACAUGGGCAGGUGAUCGAAUCGAAUCUUGGAGUGCGAGUCGAUCUUCUCUUCUCCAGGCUUUUGUUAGUAUCCAAGGCUUGGUUCUUGUUAAAGAGCCCUGGUUUUGUGAACCAGCUUACGAGAAACUUCGAGGCACUGAAGAGGGUCUUGUGAACAGCCGUCUAUACAGUGAGAAGGCCUACGUCCUUUCUCGAGGAUUUGUUCGCCGUGCUCUCGAAAUACCACUUGGUGGCCUAGAGAGUGAGAUCAGGUGGCUAUAUUAUACCAAACAUCGACUGGCGAAAGUCCUUAAAGACUCGAGAGACCUCAUCACAAAGAGCAAGGAUACCUCCUUGAGUGCGGAAAUUGAGAAAGAUUUCGAAGUCCCGGUCCCGCGGCUGUCUGCAGGAGGUAUCAUUACACUCGAACGGACGUUAAAUAAAUUGCAAGCACUACUUGAUUUGUAUAUGGACACAAAGACAAUAGCGUAACAAAUAUCAUAUACAUAUCCUGUAUCUUAGCAAGUGCUUUAUUUACCGGAGUACCUGCACGGGUCGGCAUUUUCAUUACCGUUUUAUCCCA